GAAAAAAAGCUCCGCACCUCUAGAAGUUGAAAGCUUGUCUUGAACCGGCUGUCUGUCUGUCAUUCUUGCCCCAAGUCUUUUACUCAAUGGAUGCGCCUCUGAUCUUCAAAAUGCUCAUGAAGAACAUCAGACUAUAUUUGUCUGCCCGUCUUUUGGAUACCAGUGGUCGCUUUUUACUACUCUGGUGAAAUGCAACCCGCUUCAAAGUUUAGGCAAAACUAAGAAAUGCUCAAAGUCGAGACAGUGCUGGCUUGACUUCUGAGCAUCGUGGCCCUCCUCUCCUCUGCGUACUUCAGCAUGAGACUGUGGGGCAGAGCUGCAGCAGUCCGACGGAGGAUGCUCUGUCUCUGGCUGAUGCUCCUCGGUCUCGCCCUAGUUAUGCUGGCUCUCUCUGAUCUACUCAACCGGGACCGCGAAAACGGUUAUCAAAACCCUGGCCCUCCGCGCCGCCCCCUCCAGCGGAUUCCUAGUCCACCGGAGUUGGAGGUCAUUGUGGACUCCCGCGACCCCGCUUUAGAGCUCGGCGUCGAUUUGACUCCACUAAAAUCUCUGCAAGAAGAUCAGUUGUUAUUCGUGCCAUCCACACAGGACACCAAGAACCCACCGCAGAGGAAACAGAAUUACAAGGUGCUCCUGCCCGGGUCAGUUAAGGAUAUCACCGGUGCCAGGUCACUGACGCACGGUGAAAUGGGAAGAGCUGUGCACCUAAACCUGGGGGGUUUCCAGAGGGACAUGGAACAGACUGCGGUGCACAAGUAUGGGUUUAAUGAGGUGGUCAGCGAGAGGAUUUCACUGCAUCGCAAGCUGCCAGAGGCGCGCCAUCCUGAAUGUUUGGAGGAACAAUACAGUGAGUCUUUGCCGUCAGCCAGUGUUGUUAUCUGUUUCCACGACGAGGCUUGGUCCACGCUCCUGCGCACUGUGCACAGUGUGCUUGAUACCGCACCCAAACAGUAUCUGCAGGAGGUCCUGCUGGUGGAUGACCUAAGCCAGCAAGGUCACCUGAAAACUGUGCUGAGUGAGUACGUGUCUCAUCUGGAUGGGGUACGUUUGAUUCGCAGCACCAGGCGCCUGGGUGUUGGAGGGUGCCGCACACUGGGUGCUGCUAGAGCAGCAGGGGAGGUGCUAGUAUUUAUGGAUUCCCACUGUGAAUGCCAAAAGGGGUGGCUGGAACCACUGCUGGAGAGAGUUGCUCAAGACAGGACUAAAGUGGUGUCCCCCAUCAUGGAUGUGAUAGAUUGGCAGACCUUUCAGUAUAAUGCCACCCAGUGGCCAGUUAGGGGAGUGUUCGACUGGAGACUUGACUUUCACUGGGAAUCAAACCCUCAACUACAAGAUAAGAACCCAGAGAUGGCUGUUCAACCGGUCCAGACUCCAGCUUUGGGAGGUGGAGUUAUGGCCAUCGACAGACAUUUCUUCCAAAGUGUGGGAGUUUAUGACCCUGGGAUGCUGCUGUGGGGGGUGGAACAAAUUGAACUGUCAAUCAGGGUGUGGUCAUGUGGGGGCUCCAUGGAGGUGGUUCCUUGCUCUCGUGUGGCCCACCUCAGUCGCCGUCACCUGCCAUACCACUUCCCAGAUCAGGAUUUGCUUCAGAGGAACAAGAUCCGUGUUGCUGACACCUGGAUGGACGCUUACAGGAAAAUCUUUUAUAGACGGGACACACUUGCUCAUUUCAUCAGGCAGUCUGAGAGCCCAAACAUCACAGAACGCCUGCGACUGAAGAGGAGCCUUGGUUGUAGGAACUUCCACUGGUUCCUGUCUACGGUCUACCCACAACUCUACAUCCCCCAGGACAGAUCAUCACUGUCAGGAGAGCUGUACAAUGUGGGCACGGGCAGCUGUGCAGACUACCCCAGUGGGCAGGGACUGCAGGGUGGGGCCAUGAGUAUAACACCGUGCAGUGGGACAGGCAGCCAGCACUGUGAUCUAAACUCUGAAGGUGAAGUGCGAUGGGGACCCAUGGGGGAUUUAUGUUUGGAUAUUAAAGGAGACAGGGUGGUCUCCUCUCCAUGCCCCGCCCACCGACCAACCAGCAGCACACUCCAGUGGAAGUUCAUAAAGCUGAGCGGCCAGAUUGUUCACCAACAGUCCCAGCUAUGUGUAGAGGCUGUGAAAGAACGAGGGCUUUUGCAAAGUAGUCCUCAAGGAAUCCGCAUGAACCUCAGCAAAGGAGGUUUGUUCCUGCGCCAAUGUACACAUCACCCCAGACAACAGUGGCACUUUGAGCAACUAGUUGCUCCUAAAGGUGCAUGACAGUUGAAGCACAAGGGGGCUGAUGUGUUUGCAAGUUUUUUUUUUCAAGAACAAUACUAUACAAGUUUUGGGAACAUCCCUCUAUUCUUAUAUAUACUUCCAGGAAAACAGGAAAUAAAGCAAUUUAUCAAUAAUUGUUCAAAUGUAAAUGGAGAUUAGGUAUAUGUGGCAAAAACAAAGUUUGUAGACAAUACUUGGUAUAAAGAGCUUUAUUCUUCAACGCAGCUUGUUUAGGGUUUCUUGGAAUUUCAUUAAGUAGUCUAUAGGAAUAUUUCUCCAGGUUUCCUGCAGGAAAUUUAAAAUCUUUUCUUUGGAUAUUUGCUGCCUUGUGUCCUGCUCUUUGUCUUGAUGAUUCCACAAUGUCUCCAUGAUGUUGAGGUUUGAUUUCUGAGAAAGAUUCAGACCUGUUGUAACUGAUUAUAUAUCUGGUUCAUUUGGUGUACCAUAGCCUUUUUUCCCUGCUUCCUCUUUUGUGGUGGUUUCUUGACAGCCACCUGUCUAUAGAUAAUUUCUGAGACGUCAGCAAACAGUAGAUAGCACAGUUGAGGGAUGAAAUGCCUGUCUUGGGCCCAGAGUAAAGUCUUUGCUGGACUUUUAAGGACAUGACUCUUGGGAGAUGUUUAUAAAAUGUAAAUAGUUUUCAGCAUGUAAUUUCUUUAUGCUUCCCUCCACUUUUUAUUUCUAACUCUGCAUAAUAACUAUUUGGGAAGCAUCUUUCAGGUGUACUAACAUUAUUUUAUGGCUGUCCAUAUUGUUUGACAUUUUUCACAGAUGCUACUAAAGAAAUGGGAACAACUUUUUCUUUGCGACAGGCUGGUAGUAACAAACUGCCCAAAGAAACCAAAUGAAAUACUUUCUUUGCCCAGUUGUCUGUCAUGUAAAGAUCCUCUACCGAUGUGUUUCUUGUGUUAGGUGCUUUCUUGUAUACUUGAACUAUUCAUAGGUCAGUGAUUUAUUGGUUUGCCAGACAAAAAAAGAAAAAAUAUUCCUCUGAAAAUGUCCACAUGACCUGAACUGAAAAACAAUGAAAAAGCAGUCAGUGUCUCAAGAAAAACUUUGAAAAGAGUUUCCGAAAACUUGCAGAACUAUUGUUCAAGACCAGAAGAAAGCCUGCUUCAUUGUAAUUUAAAAAUAAAGAAAUGAAGGGUUCAAGACGUUUGCCCAUGACAGUAUUACAAAUAUUUCCAACAGUUCAAGCGAAACAUUAGAGCUUAUUUGCAUGUUGCCUUUAAGGAAAUGUAAGUCUCUUUUUUUUAUCUGUGUUCUCUGGCCUGAACAACGAAGGAAAAAUAUAAUCUACAGCAUAAACUGUAUGGUCAUGUAAUACUCUGUUUUUCUUAGUUUUUCUUUGUCAUUAAGAAGAUGGAUUUGAUUAAUUAUUCAUUAGUAGUGCAUAUUUUUAUGUAUUUCAUUUAUAGUAUUGCAUUUUUAUGUUGUUGGUCAUAUACUGUGUGAAAGAUGUUGAUUGAACUAUCUUAAAAUGAUCUUUUACCUCAGAAAAUUAUUGUAAUUAUUCUUGUGUGACUUGUUUGUGAACUUUUGUAAAAUAUUUGAUUACACAGGUUAAAAAAGAGAAUGAAAAUAAAAGAA